AUGCCAUAUGAACAAGAAUCUAUCAAGAGUAUUGAUUCUAUAAAAGAAGUGGAAGCCUUUUACAUAAUUGCUGCAGAUUACCUACUAGAAGAAGUUGAUGAAGAAUUGAUCCUAAUAAACUGGCCCUCAGAGUUUAAAGAUGAUGUUGAACCUCAGCAGAAUGAAAACGAAGCUUGGAACCACCUGCUAAAUGACUGGUGGAACAAAGAGAACUUAAACAAGUACUUUGAACAAGAAAGACAUCGCAAAGAGCUCAUACAGCAGUUGAAUGAUGAGUUUUAUAAAGAAACAACUUGGGCAUAUUGGAAUGAAUAUUUUAGUAAGCCUGAAGUUAGUAGUAAUAAAUACAAUGAAAUGAACAUUGCAGAGGAGUAUAAGAUCGACCAACCACAAUGGAACAUCAAUAUUGAAGAAGAGAUGUUUUAUGGUUUUACAAUUGAUCCCGAAAACUCAGAAUGGCUACUGCUCUUAGACAAUAAUGCAGAAAUGGAUUGGGAAUACUAA